CUCGCUCGUGUUAUCGGUCAUCAACAUCCAUCCACAAAUAUUUAUCUAAAAAAUCAAACAUUGUAUGAGUUCAGAUAAUAAACUAAUUUAAUAUUCUAUAAAUUAAUGGUUUUAUCUAUUCGACAAAAAGAAGAAUUAAAUUUAUCUAUAGCAGAAUACCUAAAUUCCAAUGGGUUUUUUAACACACUUGCCGAAUUUUGUAAAGAGGCUCAAAUUAAUGAUGGGGAGUCUAAUAAAAAAUUUAAUGGGUUAUUAGAAAAGAAAUGGUCAUCUGUUGUCAGAUUACAGAAGAAAGUUAUGGAUUUAGAGUUAAAAUUAAAUGAAGCAGAAAAGGAAUAUAUAAUAGGUGCACCAACAAGAGAUAAAAGAAGUCCAUUAGAAUGGAUUCCUAGGCCACCAGAAAAAUAUGUAUUAUCAGGCCAUAGGGCACCUGUGACUAAAGUUCUGUUUCAUCCACUAUAUAGCUACAUUGUCUCAUCCAGUGAGGAUGCUACAAUUAAAAUAUGGGACUUUGAAAGUGGGGAAUUUGAAAAAUCCCUUAAAGGACAUACUGAUUCUGUUCAAGAUAUUGCAUUUGACAGUUUAGGAAAGCUCCUAGCGUCAUGUUCGGCCGAUAUGAGUAUUAAGAUUUGGGAUUUUCAAUCAUUCGAAUGUGUUAGGACGCUCCAAGGGCAUGAUCAUAACGUAUCGUCGAUUACGUUUACUCCUAAUGGUGACUACUUGUUAUCGGCUUCUAGGGACAAAACCGUUAAAAUAUGGGAAGUUAAUACGGGAUACUGCCUUACGACUUUAUACGGUCAUAGAGAAUGGGUCAGGUGCGUCAAAGUUAGCACGGAUGGGUCGCAUUUUGCUACUUGUUCCAACGAUCAAACUAUACGCAUUUGGACAUUUGGAUCAAAAGAAUGUAAGGCAGAACUGAAAGACCACGACCACGUGGUUGAAUGUAUAAUAUGGGCCCCUUUAAAUUCGUACAAAUAUAUUCAAGAAGCUAUUUCCAAUUCAAAUUUGGAGCCAAUCAAAAAUUCUCACGAUACAACUAAGAACCAAUAUUUACAAAAUACGACUCUGAAUAUACUAAUCUCGGGAUCAAGGGAUAAAAGCAUAAAAAUUUGGGACACGCAUUCUGCAUAUUGCCUUUUUACAUUACAUGGCCACGAUAACUGGAUUCGGGGAUUAGUCGUUCACCCUGGCGGUAAAUACCUUUUGAGCGCCUCCGACGACAAAACGGUGAGAAUUUGGGAUAUCGUCAACAAAAGAUGCCUAAAAAUGUUGGUAGCUCAUUCUCAUUUUUGUACAUCAAUAGAUUUUCAUAAAACAGCCCCAUUUGUUGUAACUGGAAGCGUUGAUCAGACCAUCAAAAUUUGGGAAUGCCGUUAAAAGAAGAAUAUAUUGUUUUUUUAUAUAGUAAAUAUACACAUCCUAUACUAAGUAUAUCUCAAAGUUAUUUAUUAUAUUAAAUUUAAGUUAUGUUACAUACCGAGCAAAACAUAAGUACUUAAAUUGUAUUUAAUAUUUAUUAUAUAUUUGUAAACUGAUAUAAAAAAAUAUAUAUUAUAUCUAUAAAUACACGUAAAAUUUAUAGGCGCUUUCAAUACCGAAACACUAUCAUUACCAUGUGAUACUUAAGCAUAUUUUGAUCAUUUCAACUAUACAUGUGCUUUUAUGUGUUAAAUAAAUUUAAUAUAAAAUGAUUGUCAUAUAU